AUGGGCACUGGAGAUACAGUGUUUUGCAAAACCUAUGUGAUCAUGUUAGAAAGUGGGCACAAAGUCAUCAAAUUAGGGGAGAAGUUUCGUAACCGCCUUUUUAAAAUAGAUGUCAAUAAGACACAAGGAAACAGUGAUGGGCAGAAAUAUGCAACUGUAAAUCUCUUUGUAUUCCUGUUCAAGGAAUCAGCGAACGACAUCAAAAUCCCAAGAACUGUCAAUCACAGCAUGAUGAUUCCUGUCAUUCACUGUUUGUUUCACUUGCUCUUCAGGUCUCCUGUGAUGGCUGGAGGUCUAUUUGCUGUUAACCGGAAGUGGUUUUGGGAGCUGGGAGGCUAUGAUCCAGGAUUAGAAAUAUGGGGAGGAGAGCAGUAUGAAAUCUCCUUUAAGGUGUGGAUGUGUGGAGGUGGCAUGUUCGAUGUUCCAUGCUCUAGAGUUGGGCAUAUCUACAGGAAGUAUGUCCCUUAUAAAGUUCCUUCUGGCACCAGCCUAGCACGCAACCUGAAGCGUGUGGCAGAGACAUGGAUGGAUGAGUUUGCAGAGUACAUCUACCAGCGACGGCCCGAGUACAGACAUCUCUCGACUGGUGACAUCUCUGCCCAGAAGGAACUUCGCAAGCACCUGAAAUGUAAAGAUUUCAAGUGGUUCAUGGCUGCAGUGGCUUGGGAUGUCCCAAAAUAUUACCCACCUGUGGAGCCUCCACCUGCUGCCUGGGGGGAGAUUCGAAAUGUGGCAGCCAAUCUCUGUGUGGACAGCAAACAUGGAGCCACAGGGACUGAACUGAGGCUAGACAUUUGUGUGAAGGAUGGCUCAGAACGGACGUGGUCACAUGAACAGCUGUUCACCUUUGGAUGGAGAGAAGACAUCCGUCCUGGGGAGCCACUUCACACCAGGAAGUUCUGCUUCGAUGCCAUCUCACACAGUAGCCCUGUCACACUGUAUGACUGUCACGGGAUGAAGGGGAACCAGCACUGGAGCUAUAGGAAGGACAAAACUUUGUUCCAUCCGGUAAGCAGCAGCUGCAUAGAUUGCAACCCAUCUGAAAAGAAGAUUUUCAUGAACAGAUGUGAUCCUUUAUCUGAAACUCAACAGUGGGUUUUUGAACAUAUUAAUAUGACUGUUUUAGAAAAAUUUAACAGCAACGCCAGUUCCUAGGGAAAAUUAAAAAAUGAACACACCCAGUUACACACAGCCUGCAGACUACGUUUUCGCCAGCAUCUGGGUCGAAGGAGUCAGGAAUUAAAUUUCCUAGAUCCAGGAAGUCUGCUCUAAGGAUUAAGAAAAUGCCCCAGCAAGAGCCAGCAGGCUGUCCUUGAGGAUGUACAGUAUCUGAAGAACUUGGCUAGGAGCCUCACCGGAUGCUGCUGAGAACUUCAGGCUGAAAAUUCCCUUGCUGGUCAAGGGAAAAUUUUGUUUAAAAACUGUUUGAAAGUGCUCCAAGUUAAUAAAGUAAAACAAAACUCUAGAGUUUCUCAGGUCUAAUCCUGCUGUAGUGAGUAGUUCAGAACAGACGCUGUGAUUUGGGACGGGUAUAUGGUGUGCAUGACGGCUACAGGAACCUGAAGAAAUCCCAGGUUUUAGAACUAAACAUGCUGUUGGAAGAAUAAUGAUGUCCCAGCACUCCCUAGACAAGAUAUAUGCUCUGUUGAUAUUCUCAUUAUAAAAGGUCGGGUUAAGCAGGUUUAACCCUCAGAACUGCUGCAAUUAAUUUUAAAUACCUCCCUUUUACAUUCCAUUCAUUACCAAAAUAGGAAUGGUAGAAAUCCUAGGGUCUAGAAUUACACUGUAGUGAAGCAUGAAAUAAACUGUAAGGUUUUGCCCUCACGUUUCUCCCUUCAGUUGGGGAAAAAAAAAAAA